CAGCUCUGAAGAGGUCACUUUCUAGUUAAAGAUGGCUGCUGAUACUUCAGUUGAAAUACUUAAAGUUCUUGAGAAUGAAAUACUUCAGACUACCAAGGUGGUGGAAGAACAUCUGGAUGCUGAAAUACAGAAGCUGGACCAAAUGGAUGAAGAUGAAUUGGAAUGCCUUAAACAGAGGAGGCUUGAGGCACUGAAAAAGGCCCAGCAGCAGAAACAAGAGUGGCUUUCAAAAGGACAUGGAGAAUACAGAGAAAUCCCAAGUGAGAGAGACUUUUUCCAAGAAGUCAAAGAAAGUAAAAACGUGGUUUGUCACUUCUAUAGAGAUACAACUUUCAGGUGCCAAAUAAUGGACAAACACUUGACUGUGUUGGCAAAAAAGCACAUCGAGACAAAAUUCUUGAAGUUAAAUGCUGAAAAGUCUCCUUUCUUGUGCGAGAGACUGCGCAUCAAAGUAAUUCCCACUCUGGCACUAGUGAAAGAUGGAAAAACACGAGACUAUGUUGUGGGCUUUACUGAUCUGGGUAACACCGAUGACUUCACUACAGAGACCUUAGAAUGGAGGUUAGGCUGUGCAGAUGUAAUUAAUUACAGUGGAAACUUGAUGGACCCACCUUUUCAAAGUCAAAAGAAAUUUGGAACAAGCUUUGCGAAGUUGGAGAAGAUGACCAUCAGAGGAAAGAAAUAUGAUUCAGAUUCUGAUGAUGACUAGAAGAACAGCUAAAUGUAUUUGUAAAUCAUUUUUUGUUUAUGCUUGGUACAUUUCUAAGAAUGUUUUUUAUAAAGUUUACCGCUUUUCAUUACAUCUGCACAUAAUGCUCAUUUUUCUAUACAGUUUUAUACAACUGAGUCAUAGCAGAAAAAAGCCUAAACAUUUUUUUUUCUUCUUUUGGAAGUCAUUUGUAAUUUAGAACCUAGAGUCCUUCUAACUAGGUAACGUUGCGAACGAUGAACUUUGUCUUAAGUAUAAGUUUAUAAGUGUUUUGAAGUAACUGUUAGAAACAGCUGUACCAAGUCAGACCAAAGCUCCCUCUGGCCCAACAUCCGGUCUCAGUGGCCAAAAGCAGAUGCACAAGGAAGAGUAAAAGCAGGGUGAGCAGGUAGCAGUGCAUCCCCAGAGUAUACUUCAAGAAAUCUGUGGUUUGGGGAACUCUGUAUCUGA